AUAUACUAUGUAAGACAAAGUGCAUGCAAUUCCCUGAUCUAUACCUCACACUGAAUACGGACGCCUCAGCAGCUUUUCUAUUUCAAACCUCUUGGUUCAUGCGUUUGUAAUCACAUUUUGUUAUUUAACUUAUGAUCGAUGUUGGGAAAGCGUCAAGGUUAAACGCACAUAUGUUCUUCCGUUCCAAAUUUGAGGAGGUUUACAGAAAAGGUUAAAGUCGCCCAUAGUGUAUGGUACAGAUGCGCGCACACACGCAGCCCAUUCGAAGACUCCUGGACCAAUGAAAUGAGCGCAUCGCUCUGCGCGUAACCAGUAAGAUUGACGUGGAGGACGCGUCAAAUUAACUCCAGCAAAUUUCAGCCUGCGGGAUCAGACAAAUCCCUCUUUAACUGGAGAGGAUCGCUCUUAUCCCAUUCUGCAUUGGACUGUUUUGAGGUUUUGUAUGCAGACGUUUUUAUUGGGAAUAAACAAACCGUUUUGCGAAACUUUGAAACCCACUUCUCAGGAUCUCUACAUAUGCCACAGCGUUCAGCCAUUGAAGAGAAACAGAUUCAAAGAAAAGCAAAUGGAGCAAACCUACGGUGAGGUGAACCAACUGGGGGGAGUUUUUGUCAAUGGACGUCCUUUGCCAAAUGCAAUAAGAUUACGAAUCGUGGAGUUAGCCCAGCUCGGGAUACGACCCUGUGACAUUAGCAGACAGCUCCGGGUCUCCCAUGGUUGUGUGAGUAAAAUCCUUGCGAGAUACAACGAAACUGGAUCCAUUUUGCCCGGCGCAAUCGGUGGUAGCAAACCCCGAGUUACGACGCCGAAUGUGGUCAAAAACAUACGGGAUUACAAACAAGGAGACCCUGGUAUUUUCGCUUGGGAGAUCCGGGACCGUCUUCUCGCAGAUGGAGUAUGUGACAAAUACAACGUGCCAUCGGUUAGCUCCAUCAGCCGGAUUUUAAGGAACAAGAUUGGAAACCUCUCCCAGCCUAACCAGUAUGAAAAUGGCAAGCAAACCUCUCCGCAAUCCAGUCUUCCUUAUAACCCUAUAUACCCCUAUUCGUACCCCAAUGCAAUGUCUCCUUCCGGGACCAAAAUGAGCAAUACGCCUGGUGUUCCUGUCACGGGUGGGCAUGUAAGCAUUUCCCGUGGUUGGCCUUCCGCGCACACUGUCAGCAAUAUAUUGGGUUUUCGGGCUUUCAUGGAUCCUACAGCUAUUGCUAGCGCUGAAGGGUACGCACCAAAAAUGGAGGACUGGGGAAGCGUCAAUAGAGCAACAUUUCCUUCUGCACAUGGAGUCAAUGGAAUAGACAAAUCAGCUAUUGAUGCAGAUAUUAAAUACCCUCAGCCUUCAUCGACUUUGUCCAGUUAUGUCCCAGCGUGCGCGUACUCUCCCUCCAACCAGUAUGGUGUAUAUAGCGGCCCGGCUGGCAGUUAUGUGAGUCCCGGGCAUCACUGGCAGGCCCAGGGCACGAGCCUUUCUCACCCGAGCGGUGGCGUGACGAUGCACCCGAGUGACAUCCAUUCUUCUAUGGCGUUCAAACAUGCAGUGCGAGAUGGAGACAGAAAGCCCAUCAGUCCCCUGAGCAAGCAGCAGCACGAGGCCCUGAGCAGCUUACACGGACUCAGCCUUCCUACCUCAUCCUCAUAACAGCACACACCAGUAUAGAUUUAAGCGCAUUUCAACAACAUAAACUGUAAGUUCAACCGAUCUUCUGAUGGUGUUGUUCUGAUGGAGCGGUAUACGGUUUCUGUAAUUCUGAAUGAAUGUACACGACUUUGUUUUUUACUGUAACUAGGCUAUAACUCUGUCUCCAGGCAGAGUUAUUUGGUGGUUGGCUGUUUAACCAUUAUGUCAAAUGUUUUUUCCUGUGCUAUUUAUAAAAACGACUGUAUAGUGGGUACAAAAUUUGUAAUUUUAAGUAGACUAAUUCGUGCACGUCUUCAUCAAUUACGAUUUUGAAAAUAAAACUCAUUCCAUAGAUAUCUACAUUAAACAAACCCCUGUGAACCGAGUUAUUUGUUAAUGUAAAUAUGAAGAAAGCUUUAGUCAUAUAUUUUUUAUAAAUUCAUGUGUAA